UGUCACCCAUCAGUGCCAGUCAGUGCCCACCUAUCAGUGCUGCCAAUCAGCGCCUAUCAACAGUGCCAGUCAGUGUCGCUUAUCGGUGCCAUAUAUCAGUGCUGCCUUUCAGUGCCCAUCAGUGAUGCCUGUCAAUGCCGAUCAGUGCCACCUACCAGUGCCUCCUCAUCAAUGCCCAUCAGUGCCACCUAUCAGUGUCCAUCAGUGCAGCCUAUCAGUGCCCAUCACUGCAGCCUUAUUAGCGCACAUCAG